UGAACUAAAUUUAAUGUAGACUUGGAGUCCGGAUGAGAGAGAGAGAGAGAGAGACCUAAAGAGAGGUACAGUGGUCUGAAGAAAAAAAGGGUUGUUGUUACAAUUCUGACUUUGACGACUUUUCUCCUUCUGCUUUGGUUGUUGUUGUUACCUUAUAUUACCUGAUAGAACUGUAGAAGUGAAGAUAAAAAUUAAAAAAAAAAACACCAAAAGAAAGUUUGUGAUUUUAGUUUAAGAUUUGUGUCUUUGUUGAGGUACUUGUCGUUGAGAUCUUUGAUGGGUUUUGACUAAGUUAUUGAGCUCUGCUUUGAUCGGUCUUAGCUUCCUUACCAGGAACUGAUGCACUUUUUGUUUAUGGGCAGCUGUAUGUACUUAAUAAGUGGAAUAUAAUUUAUCAGAAAGUUUCGUGUGAGAUAUUUGAUUUUACUGGUAGUGUGAUCCACCUGUAGAAUGUCGUUCCGUAGCAUAGUACGUGAUGUGAGGGAUGGUUUUGGGAGCUUAUCUAGACGGGGUUUUGAAGUCAGGCUAACUGGUCAUCACAGAGGCAAAUCUCAUGGUUCAUUACAUGAUUUGCAAGAACAGCCUAUCAUAAUACAGAACAGUCGAUGGGCUAGCCUACCUCCUGAGCUACUAUUUGAUGUAAUUAGGAGGCUGGAAGAAAGUGAGAGUGUGUGGCCUUCUCGUAAGCAUGUUGUUGCAUGUGCAGCAGUUUGCCGUUCUUGGAGGACGAUGUGCAAAGAUAUAGUGAAGAGUCCUGAGUUCUGUGGGAAGCUUACCUUCCCUGUGUCCCUGAAGCAGCCAGGGCCACGUGACGGAGCUAUCCAGUGCUUCAUAAAAAGGGAUAAAUCUAAUUUAACAUACCACCUUUUUCUGUGUCUUAGUCCUGCUUUGCUGGUUGAAAAUGGAAAAUUUCUUCUUUCGGCAAAGAGGACUCGAAGAACCACAUGCACAGAAUAUGUUAUCUCUAUGGAUGCUGAUAACAUAUCUAGAUCAAGUAGCACUUAUAUUGGCAAGCUGAGAUCAAACUUUCUUGGCACAAAAUUUAUAAUAUAUGAUACGCAGCCUCCAUACACUUCUGCCCACAUCCCCCCUCCAGGGCGCUCAAGCCGCAGAUUUUAUUCCAAAAAAGUUUCCCCAAAAGUUCCAACAGGCAGCUACAACAUUGCCCAGGUAACAUAUGAACUAAAUGUGUUAGGCACGCGGGGCCCACGAAGGAUGCACUGCAUGAUGCAUUCUAUCCCGGCCUCAGCACUUGAUGCAGGCGGCAGUGUCCCUGGCCAGCCGGAGCUUCUUCCUCGCUCUCUUGAGGACUCAUUCCGUAGCAUCUCCUUCUCAAAGUCCCUUGAUCACUCUGUUGAUUUUAGCAGCGCACGAUUUUCUGAAAUUGGUGGACCCCAAUAUGAUGAUGAGGACGGCAAACUUAGACCCUUGGUUCUGAAAAAUAAGCCCCCUAGAUGGCAUGAACAAUUACAGUGUUGGUGCUUGAACUUCCGUGGGCGGGUAACAGUAGCAUCUGUUAAAAACUUUCAGCUGAUUGCUGCUACACAGCCAGCUGCUGGUGCACCAACACCAUCUCAGCCUGCCCCACAAGAGCACGAUAAGAUAAUUCUACAGUUUGGUAAAGUUGGUAAAGAUAUGUUCACCAUGGAUUAUCGUUAUCCUUUAUCUGCAUUUCAGGCUUUUGCAAUUUGCUUGAGCAGCUUUGACACCAAAUUGGCUUGUGAAUAAUAAUUAAAAAAGGAAGCAAAAAACUGAAGGGUGGCAAGGAUCAAAAAGCAGAGAAGUGAAAUAACAAUCUUUUUUCUCCUUUUCUCUUGGUGGUUCUUUGUAUCUUUUCCUUUUGCUGUCAUUAGGGUAGGAAAUUGUUGUUAAUGUUAUUCUGUUGUUGUAAAACUCAUUUGCAAUUAUGGUGCUAUUCUGAUAACUGGGCUUACUGCAUUGUGAACUAAAAAUUUUAGUACCUUCUUUUGUUUCAUGCUCAAUCAAUUAUGAAUUUCAACGGCAUAUGAUUUUGAUUCA